UUUUUCUCAAAACGAUGGCAUGCAGGAAGCGGAAAAAGCGUGACUUGUUGUACCAGUCCACUCAUAAAGAAACGCUCAAUUCCUUUCAUACUGUAGCUGCCCAAGAUGACAGCAGCCAUGACGGACAUCGAGUCUACCACUGCAGCAACUACCACCAGUCCUUCCAGUUGCACCCUGAAGAAGACGGCAGGAUUCCCAUCUGCCACCGAUAGCCCUACCGCUGUGGAUGGCUUCAUGGGCAAGAUGCGGAGUUCUCUGAGUAGUAGUGAUGACAAUAAUCACGAUCAGAAGAACGAGACUUCUGAUGGCGUAUCGCCUGUCAAGCAGGUGUUGACGUCUUCGUUGACGAGCAUUGGUAGCAGCGGUAGUGGCGAAAAGAAGAGCAGCAAAGUGGAGCAACGACGAUUGUUGGCUUUGGGGAUGAUGGGGGAUCAGGCCACUGCCAACUCCACCAUGAUUACCCUGAGGGAAAAGUUGGAGCAGGAACUGCAAAGAAAGCAGUUAGCCGCCACGGCCAAACUGUCCGUGUUGGACUCUAUUCGAAAGCGGAGAAAGGAAGAUCAGGCGCAUGCUGCUGGCAGAGACGACGAAAAGCACAUUCCUGCCAAAUACUCUGGCUUAUCAAGUGGACUAGUGGUAUCUGGAUCCUCCAGCUCCUUAACCGACAUUCCUGCAGUGUCCGAGACGCCCAAGAAGGACCUUCGUCAGUCACUCAGAGACUUGCUGGGGCCAGAGCGAAAGGAUAGUGCCGAGCAGGAAGAAGACGGGGAGGACGACAAUGGCUUUUUACAGAACAAGAAAUAUGCUCGCAUGUACAAGAGUUUGUCAUGCAUUCGCGUAGACUUGGAACAUGGCGACGACGACAAUGACGACGAUGACGACGAGGAAGUGGAUAAAGCAAUGAGCUCCUCGGCUACCUCGCACUUGUCUUCCCCUUCGCAAAUAAUGUCAUCCUCCGAAAGAAGAUGGCAAUCCAGAGCUGAAAUGUCGAAAAUGGCCACGUCUCUCACGGCUCUGGGGACACAAUGUCAUGUACGAAGGAUUGAACAGCUGGAAGGGGAUGCUGAUGUAGAUGUGGAUGCACCAGACGAGACGGCGACCAGUGACGAAGCUAGCAUGGCGGAUGAAGCUAGCAUGGCGGAUGAAGCUAGCAUGGCGGAUGAUGACAGCAUUGACGAAAGCGAGAAAGACUUGUUCAAGGGUGAAGAACCUCAGUCCCCAAAACCUCAGUCCCCAAAACCAGAACGACGACCAAGAUCUGCCAGGGUUGUCGUCUCCGAGGAACCUCCUCAGACACCGCUAAGUGUUUCAGGAACGUCACACAACAACAACAAACCCAAAAGCAUCCUCAAACGAACCUCCACGAUUGGUUCCACAACUUCCACCAACACCACUACUUCCCUCUCCACCCAGUCGAGUCAUGUGGUGUCGGGAAAUCCCACACGCAGUAUCCUGCAUUCCUUGUACGACGAAGGAAAGACAAUGUCGCUCAGAGGCUUAUCCUUGGAUCAGAGUUCCUCGCAUCAACAGACGCGGAGAAACCGGACCUCACUGUCGGCGUCACAGACUCUCGAUAACAACAACUCGCAUCCGCGCAAAUCCGCAGCACGCCGGACUUCCUCUGUGCGCAAAAAUAAUGAUGGAGCUGCCUAUGUGCGCAAAUCAUCUCACGAUGGCACGGUUAGUAGCAGCAGCAGCAGCAAGCUGCAGCCAGAUGUCAGUGGGAGUGCAAGCCCAUCACACAGCAAACUCACACGCUCUAGUAGUGGCAGACGCCUCAUGACAUCCUCCUCGCGGGCACAGUCGGCACGGAGACUUCACAAACGGGGAGGACAAGGACGAAAUUCGUCUCAGAGACGGUUAGAAAAAUCCAAUUCGGAUCGUUCCAAACUGGACGACAGCGAAGCGGCAGGUGCCCCCACCAAACCCAAGCGAACGUCUUCCACCGCAGUACGCUCCAAACUGGACGAAAGCGACGCACCCACCAAACCCAAACGAACGUCCUCCACCGCGGUACGCUCCAAACUGGACGACAGUGACGCGACAGGAGCCCCCAUCAAACCCAAACGAACGUCUUCCAUGGCAGUAUCCAAAGACAAGUCAAAACGCGACUUGUCGUCUUCCAAUUCUCUUCUUCGUAAGGAAGAUAAGCGAAGAGAGAGUUCCCGCAAGGAUAGCGCCACCGAGGGAGGGCGCCGAGACGCACGCAGCAAGGAACUCAUGUCUGAGAGUACCAGUGCUGUCCACCACCAACGACGAGCACGAUCACGAAGCCGAUCCAAUGAAGGAGGCCGUCGUAGUAAUAAAGAAAAAUCAGAUGGUCAGCCAAAGCGGGCACGAUCUCAGAGUAAAGAGCCACGCAAGGAGCGGGCGCGAUCUCAGAGUAGAGAGCCACGCAAGGAGCUGGCAGAUGGGAGCCGCCGAGAUAUUAAUAUCCGCAACAAGGAACAAUCCGAGGGUGGUCAGCGGAGACCACGAUCUCGCAGUCGGACACGAAAAAGCGAAAGCAGCCGCAAUAUUCGCAAGGCAUCCUCUCGAUCCCGUUCUCGUGCUCGUCGAACAGGUGCUCGCAGCAGUCAGGCGGAUAUUACCAGAAUGUCCAAGUCGUUCUCGGCGCUUCGUCCCGCCAGUGAUCAUCGGGACGACGACGAAAACAAGCGAAGAACACGACGAGACCGUGACGGAGGCGACCAAGAAGAUGGUAUGCAGCAAAGUCUCAGGGACCGCAGAGCCAGCCAGCGUCGCUCGCGACAAAAGAGUGAACGGAACCUGAACAUGUCCAAGAGCGACCGCAACUUGCGUAAAUCCCGUUCAGACCGCAACUUGACCCGCAAGACCAGGGCACGCCGACAAGAUUCGAAAUGUGACCACGACAAUCAAGAUGACCAAGACCUGGAUAGAGCUCUUGCCGCCAUGAUGGUCAAGACAAAAUCUCCCGAAGUCGACGCGGCGUCUAGAGAUGAUGUCUCGGCUGUGUUGCAGUUCGACCCAAGCGGCAGGCACAAUGUUACACUCAUCUCCCCGAAACCACAACCACAAGAAUCGCAGGUCAACACAGUAGAUGAAACUCCCACUUGUAGCCACCAAGACCUGGCUGAUGGAGAGAACAAGGGAGCAAAGAGGACACCUCGACGUCUAUCUGCCAUGGGUGUGAAGCUUCCGCUUUGGGGAAAGAAGUAGCGUGGUGUAGUGCUAUACAGUAAGCUUGUGUUAGGACACGAAGACUACUACUAGUACUACUACUGCUACCCCUACUGUGGCUCGGAAACUAAAGGUUUGCCUUUCAUUGUAGGACUCCCAAAGUCCCAUAGCUGUUUUCCACGCUGUCUGUGUGCUCUCAUCGCAGCCCAGAGAAACAUACGAUACCACCUUGUCCAAGUGCAAACGACGGGCCCGACUAUCCGUAAGCUAGCUACUAUAGAUUAUGUCAGAAAGGGCAAAUCACAAAACCAUACCUUCAUUAUUGCUGCUGAGGCUUGCUUCGAUUUAGCCAGUGCAUUUCAACGAAGCGAGUUUCAGGGAAGGCAGGCUAAUGUCUCGUCGGUCUUAUUGAAGCAGCAGAAGGCGAUAGCUACAGCGGGAAUAGCGACCUAGAUAGGAAGUAUACGAUGGGAAAACGUUUAUUGGUGUUGCAGAUUUAGGCGGUUGGAAAAUGGCCAGUCAACCAACCGAGAGCAUGCUCCACCAGCCAACUGACACUCAGAUUCCGCUUAUUAAUCUCAUCCUGACAGUCAGGGGGAUUCGAUUCCUAUGGUUCCAUCGUCACUUUGCUGCCUUUAUAAAAUUUUCUCACCAAGUCUGCUCUGGUGCCAGCCCCGUCACAUCAACGGAAAUGAUCGAACCAGCACCCUUUUUUCGUUUGGUCAAACGAGCAUAAAAGUACGCCUUAUUACCACCCGUAUGGCCCAAAGAUCCACCCUUACCAUCCUCCAUGAUCCAUUUUCGAAUUUUCUGAUAUCCAUCAUCUUCUGGGUCCGGAUGGAUGAAUGUUUUCAGGGAUCGGUCUUGACUGUAAAGGAGCAUUGGAUACAGUACCGACUCAUCGUCCGAGGCAGCCACUUGCACUUUCACAAUGAUCCCUCUUUCGUCUUUGGAACUUCCAUUGUUGUUGUCAUCUUUCUUUUCGUCUCCACUGCUGUUCUUUUCCUCGCUCUGCUUCUUUUGAUUAUUGUCGUUGAAAUUGAUGAGAGCCUGAUGAGGCCUCGAACCGGAUCGAUCCAUGGGGACUCCAUCAAACAAGUGCACAAAAUUUUCCAACAUUAGUUUUCCAUCUUCGUUGGUUUUGGCAGCCUCCGAGGCGGCUGCUGUCUGUGAGUACUCUUGAGCCAACAAUCGCACACUGGCAUCCCCGACCGUGUACAGCUUGAGGACAUCGGACGAAGUUUGCUUGUUGGCCGCCGUGACGGCUUUUUUCCAAAUCUUUUUGACGUCAUUCAAACCAAUCUGAGACAAAAAUUCAAACCCUGCCUUUUUGGACAACUCUUGCGAAAUCUCGCGGUGGACCGCUCUCAUGCUGGCAUCGGGCUUGGCAAACUUGAUGGCACGGACCAGCUCGGUCAAUUCUUCGCGAGUACAACUACUACUGUCCUUGGGGUUUGUUACUUUUGGAGCCGUCGUGGCGCCAGCAUUUUCCUUGCCUUUCGCUUCUUCAGAGGACAUUUUGGGUAGGUAGGUACCGAGGCUGGUGCCUUGUGAGACUAUCACUUGAUAAGGAAGGAAUGUAGUCUCUCAGCGAGACUUCUAACGCGAGGAUUUCGAGUGCUCUUUUUUGUGCUCUUUUUGUCUCUGCAAUUGGCAACCAAACACUCUGCAAAAUAAUGUGGAUAAUUUUAAAGAAGAUCUCUAGCUAGUUUAGAUAUUACAGCGAGUUCCCCCUAGCUAGCUAGUAAG